GAUAAGUUACCUACAGUAUUAUCUUAGUCUCCUUGCAUCUUCGUAUUGCAACAGGGGGCUGCUCAUGACAAUUUCUUUUUCUUCUGUUUUGCGAGCCCUAUUGAGUCCCCGAUUGGUUGCGCAUGCCCCUGUUCAGAAAAAAAAAAAAAAAGGGACAGCACAUUCCAGACCGACAGCAGAUACUAUCUAUGUUCAAAAGGUACUACAGAAGAUAGAUACCUUACCUUACCGACUUCACCAAGCUUACCCUGUCAGCUAUAAGCUGAUCAAAACCCGCCCGCCCACUUCGUUCAUUUCUCCGCUCGCCAGGCGCCCGGCCAUCCACUCUACCACCACUCUUCCUACCCGCCAGCCUCAGACCGACGAUUGAUUCACCAUGGCUGUCACUCAGAACAUUGUCGCUGCUUCGCAGAAGCACCCGAUCGUGCCCCUCCCCGAGGGCAAGCAGUACACCUAUGGAACUGCAGGUUUCCGUAUGAAGGCCGACCUGCUCGAGGGAAUCACCUUUCGCGUCGGACUUCUCGCAGCCCUGCGGAGUCGCAAGCUCAAUGGCCAAGCCAUUGGUGUGAUGAUCACAGCCAGUCACAACCCCGCCGCCGACAAUGGUGUCAAGGUUGUGGACCCCAUGGGUGAGAUGCUCGAGCAGGACUGGGAGACCCACGCCACUGUCCUGGUCAACGCUUCUUCGGACCAAGACCUCGCGACCACGUACGAGCGACUCGCUGCCGACCUCAAGAUCGACCUUUCCACCCCAGCCAAGGUCAUCUACGGCCGCGACACCCGUCCUUCUGGCCACAAGCUGGUUGGAGCCCUCGCGGAUGCGCUCGAGUCUGUCGGCGCCGAGCAUGUCGACUACAAGAUCCUCACCACUCCCCAGCUCCACUAUCUGGUUCGCUGCACAAACACAGAGGGCACGCCCAAGUCGUACGGUGAAGUGAGCGAGGUCGGCUACUACCAGAAGCUUGCCGAGGCCUUCAUCAGGGCCUUGAACAAGAAGCCGAUAAAAGAGCCCCUCCAGGUUGAUUGCGCCAACGGCGUAGGCGGGCCUAAGCUGUCCGAGUUCCUGAAGCAUCUGAGAAAGCUGGAGCAGGAACAGGGUCUGGAGAAGCUCAUCGAUGUCAAGGUAGUCAACGACGACGUUCUCCGGCCCGAGCUGCUGAACCUUGAUUCAGGUGCCGACUUUGUCAAGACCAAGCAACGUGCUCCACCCUCGCCACCGCCUGUUCCAGGUCUGCGUUGCUGCUCACUAGACGGCGAUGCUGACCGCGUCAUCUACUACUGGGAAGACCCAGAUACUGGCUUUGCCAUGCUAGACGGUGAUCGCAUCUCUUCGCUGUGCGCCUCAUUCCUGGUUGACCUCGUUGGCGCAGCCAGGCUUGAGGAUGAGCUGCGCAUCGGUGUGGUACAGACGGCAUACGCCAACGGCGCGAGCACGCAGUACAUCAAGCAACAUCUCAAGCUGCCGGUUGUCUGCACCCCUACCGGUGUGAAGCACCUACACCACGCUGCUUGCAACUUUGAUGUGGGAGUCUACUUUGAAGCCAACGGCCACGGCACCGUCGUCUUCUCAACCGAGGCUAUGCGGUUGUUCCGCGAGACUGAACCUCAGUCCCCUGCCCAGAAAGAUGCCCUCGAGAGGCUUUCGGCCUGUGCCGAUCUCAUCAACCAGACGGUUGGUGAUGCCAUCUCGGACAUGCUGAUGGUCGAGGUUGUGCUCUCCCACAACUCGUGGAGCAUGCGGGAUUGGGCCAUGACCUACACCGACCUGCCCAACAGGCUCGUCAAGGUCGAGGUGAACGACAAGGAUGCCUUCCGCACGACGGACGCGGAGAGGAGGCUUUCGCACCCGGCCGGUGCCCAGGAGGAGAUCGACCAGGUGGUCAAGAAGUACAAGUCGGCAAGGUCGUUUGCCAGAGCGUCGGGGACGGAGAACGUCUGCCGAGUCUACGCCGAAGCUGCAACCAAGACGGAGGCCGAAGAACUGGCCAACCACGUCAAGCGCAUCAUCGCCACGUACGGCGGCUCCAGCAUCUAGGGGACGGCCUUGACCGCCGACGAACGGACCUGGAUGAUGCUCAGUCGGAAUUCUUUCAACAGAGCCGCCCUGCGUCACAAGAACGUGCGGCGCUGGCGCUGAAGGCAUUUUUGAGACUCGAGGCUGCCAGCUAGGGGUAAAGAUCUCAAAAAUAUCAAAGGCGUGAAAAGAAAAUUUUGGUCUGGAAAACCGCAUCGCAUUACAGCGGAACUUUGGGCUGGAUGUUAUGCAUGACACGGAAACAUACUCUAUAGAACUACCUAGUACCAUUUGUAAGGGUUUGGCUAUAGGUAGGUAGGUAAGGUAGUCUUGAUUUUUUGGGGCGGCCGUUUGCAAUGUUAAUAAAAAAAAGUUUUAUCAUUUAAUGAAAUCCGCCAACAGACGGG